CAAACAGAAAUCAAACCUUCAUCUCUAGUAAGGAAAGUCACCCGAAAACUUUUAAUUUGGUUAAAAACCAGUGGACGAAAAUUCGAAAUCCUAUAUAACUCUAAUUUUACCUUAACAAAUUUACAACUUAAAUCCCCAUGAAACUCCGGCGAUGUUUAAUCUCCGGCGCCUAUUUUUCCGGCGACCGUUCACCACCAGCACCGCUCACAGCAACUUCCAUGAAAACUUUUACUCUUUGUUAACAAAGGGUCAUCUGGAUGAAGCUCUCACCCUCUUUUACACUUCAGACAUCUCUCAUACCCACCAAACAUACGCCGAUUUCUUUCACGCGUGUGCCCGCCAUAACUGCAUCUCCCAAGGCCAAACGCUACACCACCACAUGCUCAAAACCCAGAAAGAACGUAAACUUAUACCCAAUGUAUACGUAUAUAAUCACCUCAUCAACAUGUAUGCAAAAUGUGGCUGUUUGGAUCAUGCACGUAAGGUGUUCGAUGAAAUGCCUGAGAGAAAUGUGGUAUCUUGGACUGCUCUUAUUUCGGGGUACGCGCAACACGAAAGGUGUGAGGAUGGUUUUGGUGUGUUUUCUGUGAUGUUGGGUGAGUGUCGUCCGAAUGAGUUUGCGUACGCAAGCGUGUUAAGUUCGUGUGAUCGUAAGUUUGGUAGACAGGUUCAUUCGCACGCGUUGAAAACAUGUUUUGGUGAGUACACGUACGUGGCUAAUGCGUUGAUUACAAUGUACUCAAAGAAUGAUGAUGGUAAACGUUUGUGUCAAGAUGAUUUAAAUGAAGCUUGGAUGGUAUUUAACUUCUUGAAGGAUCGAAAUCUUGUUACGUAUAACUCGAUGAUUGCAGGUUUUCAAACUAGAGGAAAGUGGCAAGAGGCUAUCGAUUUAUUCUCAGUAAUGAGACGUGAUUCCAACAUCAGUUUCGACCGUGCAACACUUCUCAGCAUUGUUUCAUCAUUAUCAACGGUUAAAGAUCAUGACAAUGGUAAUUAUGCGAUCAACCGGUGUCUUAAAUAUUGUUCUCAGGUACACUGUCUUGCCUUAAAAACAUGGCUUAUUUCCGAAAUAGGAGUAAUAACUGCAUUAGCAAAGGCUUAUGCUGAUCUCGGUGCACAAAUAUCUGACCUUUACAAUCUGUUUUUAGAAACCAAAGGCAUGAGAGAUAUUGUUUCAUGGACCGCAUUCAUAACGAUAUUCGCAGAACGCGAUCCCGUAAAGUCCCUUUUAAUGUUUUCUAAUUUAUGUCAAGAAGGUUCGAUACCAGAUCGUCAUACGUAUUCAAUAGUGUUAAAAGCGUGCUCAAAUCUAGUGACCGAUAAACACACGAUGGCUGUCCAUUCCCACAUACUCAAAUACGGUUUCGAACAUGAUACCGUGCUUGCAAACGCGUUGAUUCAUGCUUACGGAAGAUCUGGUUCGGUUCUUGAAUCUAGAAAAGUUUUCGACUUUACGCUUGUUAAAGAUAUCGUCUCUUGGAAUUCGAUGAUAAAGAUUUACGGGUUACACGGUCAACCCAAAAACGCGUUGAAAUGCUUUGACCAAAUGGAUGUACCACCUGAUUCCACCACCUUUGUAGCCCUCUUAUCAGCAUGCAGCCACGCGGGUAUGGUCGAAAAAGGGACCGAAUUAUUCAAACUCAUGUCUAAAACAUACGGGAUCGCUCCUCAACUAGAUCACUACGCUUGUAUGGUCGACAUUCUCGGGAGAUCGGGCGGGAUUCUACAAGCUCAAAAGCUCAUAAACGAAAUGCCGAUGGAACCCGAUUCGGUAAUAUGGAGCGCUAUGCUUGGAGCGUGUAGAAAACAUGGUGAGACCACGUUAGCCGAGUUAGCUUCGAAAAAGUUACAAGAACUGGACCCGAAUAGUUCCCUUGCGUAUGUACAAAUGUCCAACAUAAUGUGCUCAAAUGGUACUUUCAAUGAAGCGGUUGAUCUACGAACGCAAAUGAAUUUGCUCGGUGUUAAGAAGGACCCCGGUUUGAGUUGGACCGAGAUCGGGAACGUGGUCCAUGAGUUUGCGGCUGGCGGGUUGCACCACCCUGAAAGAAUGACCGUACGUCACGAUCUAGAGGAGUUAGUGAAAGAACUACGAGGGUUAGGUUACGUGCCGGAAAUUAAUCUGGUAAUGCGGGAUUUAGAAGAGGAAGAUAAGAAUCGGGAACUGAGUUAUCACAGUGAGAAGCUUGCUUUUGUUUUUGCGUUAAAGCGUGAUGAAUUUAAGUGUUUUGGGCGCGCGAUUAGGAUUGUUAAGAACAUACGUAUUUGUGUCGACUGCCAUAACUUUAUGAAGUUUGCGAGUGAGUUAACGGGACGGGAAAUUAUCGUGAGAGAUUCGAAUCGGUUUCAUCAUUUUAAACAAAAAGUAUGUUCGUGUAAUGACUAUUGGUAGUUCACUAGACUUCAUGGCGUUGUUCAAAUAGCCUGUGCUCGAAGUUUGCUUGAAAAAAGCUCGGCUGGUAAACCAGCCGAGCUGGAGCAGAGAUUGGCUCGCUCGGUGGUGGUAGCCAAGACACCCAAACCCGAAGUUCUCUCUUGCAGAUCUGCGGUGAUGGUAGCCCAGAACACCCAAACGCGAAGCGUGUGCUCGCCCAAUAUUGUAGAUGAAACACUUUAUAGGAUUGAAACUGGAAAAUGAUCGCAAUUUAUUGUAAGUUGUAGUUUCUACCUGUAUUGAUUUGAAUGCAAAUGUUGUUGUGAACCUGAA